AUGUGUACUAUAUUUUAUUGUUUUGCUUUCUCCCUGACUCUCUUUAAUGCUGCUGUAGACUUAAUCUCCUUCAGUAACAUCUUGUUUGGAAUCUAUCCUCCGCUUUUUGUUGUUCUUCUCAUAUACUCGAUUGGUGGGACAGCUAUCAGUGUUUUCCUUGGAAGGGGACUGGUGACUUUAAAUUUCUUGCAAGAGAAAAAGGAAGCAGACUUUCGUUAUGGACUUGUACGGGUUCGGGAAAAUGCUGAAUCAAUUGCUUUCUAUAGUGGUGAAGAAAGUGAAAUGCAACUUCUUCUGCAGCGCUUCAAAAGUGCUUUUGAAAAUCUGACUGAAUUGUUGAUUGCUUCUCGAAAUCUGGAUUUCUUCACCAGUGGCUACCGCUAUGUCAUUCAAGUUCUUCCAGCUGCUGUUGUUGCCCCCAUGUAUUUCUCAGGAAAAAUUGAGUUUGGUGUCAUCAAUCAGUCAGUUUCUGCUUUUAAUCAUAUCCUUGGUGACUUUUCCCUCAUCGUGUACCAGUUUCAAGCUAUAAGUGCUUUUUCUGCUGUUAUUAAUCGGUUAGGUGAAUUUGAUGAUAUUUUGGACAGAAGCAGCUCUAACUCUCUCACUGAUACUUUGGAAGACAUAAGUAUUACAUAUAAAGAUUUUAGGAGUUCAUCUGCAUUGGAAUCUAAUGGAUCCACUCCACCAGAAAAAUAUGCCACAUUACUUGAGGUAGAAGAUUUGAUUCUGAAGACACCAAGUGAAUCUACACUUAUCAGAGACUUGUCCUUAACAAUCAAGGAAAAGGAUAAUUUACUGGUAAUGGGUCCAAGUGGAAGUGGCAAGACUUCUUUUUUAAGAGCUAUGGCUGGUCUAUGGAAAACUGGAACUGGAAAGAUCACAUACUAUGUAAAAGGUGGAGAAGAUCUUGAGCAAUCCAUUUCUGCAGAUGUGAAUACUCCUUCAGUAAAUAUUGCUCAUGACGCAUACAAAGAACAUAGAAAAUACUUAGGCAGAAAAUCUGGAAUUUUUUUCCUUCCACAAAGACCAUAUAUGGUUUUGGGUACUCUUCGUCAACAGUUGCUUUAUCCAACUUGGGCUGAUGACGUAGUUCCUACAUCAGAUAGUACUAACCAAAAAAAUGUGCUUCCUUUCUUGACAAACAUGCCAAACUCAGAUAACAUGAAUGAUAAGCCUAUGAAGCCAACAACAGAUGAACUGAUAAAGGUCUUAGAGGAUGUCCGCCUUGGAUAUUUGUUGGCUCGUUUCAGUUUGGAUUCAACACAUGAAUGGUCCAGUGUUCUUUCCCUUGGAGAGCAGCAACGCCUUGCAUUCGCUCGUCUUUUACUUUCAAAGCCUCAAUUGGCUUUACUGGAUGAAUCUACAAGUGCACUUGAUGAAGCCAAUGAGAUUCAUUUGUACCAACAGAUUGGAGCAGCAAACAUAACAUAUGUGAGCAUUGGCCAUCGCUCAUCCUUAUAUGCUUACCACAACAGGGUUCUACGCAUAUCCACAUUUAAUACCAACAAUGAACAGCUAAAUUGGUGCAUUGAACCCACUACACCCGAGUCCUCUUUAAACUUUACAAAUCUAUGAGCUUGCAAUGCUUUGCUGCUUAGCAUCUCCAGAGACAUACUGGUUCAAUUACAUUGAACAAUAAUUUUGAUGUAUAUGAUGUCAAUCUGUAGAUUUUCCUUUACAUAUCUAUAAUUUUGUUAAAUCUUGGUCCUCCAUGAAUUUUGAUCUAGUGAAUAGAAUUGCAAGAACUUUACUGUUA